GUGUUUAUGUGUGUGUAUUCUAUCAAUUUGUAUGUAUGUGGCAAAAGGCGAUUAAUAGAAGCAAUACUGUCAUCUCUCGUUAUUCAUUGUUUUUCGUGUUUAAUCUAAUCUUCGCCUAUACCAUUGUCUAGUUCUCUAAAAGAAAGGGAUUCAGUUACCCCUUUCCGAAACGGCUUCAUUGUGCGGUUUAUUUAUAGGUAACGCGCGUAUGAACUCGUCCGGCUGUCCCGAAUUAUUGCGUUGCUCCCAUUGUAAUACGACAUGAAAGGACAUCGUUAGGCUAAGCAGGAUGCAGCAAGCAUUGACUAUAAUCCGACACGCGAAACUAAAGCGAUUUGCCCAUGAGCAAUUGCAGCUCCUUCCAGUGCAUUUUCCGUAUUACCCUUCUAGUGGUCAUAGUGAUCCAGAGAAAAUCAACGCCAUAUACCCAGAAUAUGAAUGGAGCACGGAGGGACCUGCCGGAGAUUUAUCCGAGCGUCGAGAUUGGCAGCACGUGUUCGGCGUUGAUAGAUCGAGAGGUGACUUCGUGCAGGUGUUUUUCGAGCGUGUUCCAGACGGUUUUGCAAUAGUUUGGGCGCGAGUGAAGUUCGGAGGGCGUAAUCUAGUCCUACACGAGCGAUGUUACAAGGAUCACAGCAAUGCAAUCACGCGUGUGUAUAGUGCUGGGGGAGUUCGUCUCGAGUGUCAUGGACCAUUGCGUUUCUGGAGGGUGGCUAUUAAUGCUGUAAUGAUCGAUACAAAUCUUGCACAAGCGAACUCGAAAGAUAGAGUGCACGUGAAAUUGGGUGCCCGCAUUUCGUCCAUGAGUCACCCGUUCGAACUGCCCAAGCAAUGUUCCCCCUCCAUGCUUGCCCGAAGGUACGAAGUGGAGCUAGAAGAACACAGUAAUCACGAAAAAGCGAAGUUCUGCAUAGCAGAAUGCUGCCACAAUAUUCAAGCCUACAUACAAAGCGGAUCUUGGUUCUGUGAACUCACCCUUGAUGGCGAACGCAACGAGCUACUCUUGUUUGGGUCUCGGCUGAAGCUGCUGGGAAAAUCAAAUCUGCUUCAAGGCAUCCGCCACUAUUGCGGAUACGGAGCGAACGGCACCGUAUUUCAUCUCAUGGAAUCAACAGGCGGGAAAUGCUAUGGAUAUUGCUUUCAUCCGACUUUCUUCGGUGGACCUAUUUUCAAAGGACGCUUUCAGAGAAGCUCGGCUCAAAAUCUAUCGCUGGUCUCAUUCACAUUCAACACCGUUUAUCGCUCCAGGAAUUAUCCCCACACCAUUUACGUAUCGCCUAAAGGGCAGUCAGCCGAUAUUAGCACUUUAAAUGCCACCGCGCUCGACGCUUGGUCAGUAAGCGAUUUCGAGGGGAAACUGACACGAGGUACGGCGGAAGAACACAGUGUGUACGGAGUUACCUUCAAAAUUUCCGGAGCAUAUGUACUACCUCCGGAAAAGCUAAUUACAAACGCGUUGCUAGAAGAUUCCAUGUGUGAAGGAACGCAAAUUCUGAACAUAAUGGAAGAGGCUUGUCGUAGGCCAGAUCUUACAGGAGGCAAAGGUUCAUCUCUGGCUGUGCUGGCGUCUAUCUCACAGUACCUUCAUGAAAACAACGAGAAGGCCAUCGCAUUUUCGGUGCCUUGGGCCAUCGUUCUUACCACGGAGGCGUAUAAGACUUUCGUUGUUCUGCCGGAAGUAACAGGCGCUAUAACAGAGCUUCAGAAGGCUUUAGAUGACUGGACAUACUCGACAGAUCUGUCGUGCCUUACCUCAGCUUCAAAGAGAUGCGUAGCGAAAAUCACUAAAGUUGGGAUGCCCGUUUCUCUCGAACAAUUGCUGUUGGAAAAAUUAAAGCAGUCGUUCGAAGAUGAAUGGGAAAAUAGACGCUUUGCAGUGCGAUCUUCAGCUGUUGAAGAAGAUUCGGAAGAAAUGUCUGCAGCUGGACAAAUGUCUACUUUUCUCGGGAUAUCUGGGAGGAAGAAUCUGCUUGAUGCCAUCGUGAAAUGUUGGGCGUCACAGUUCUCCCUGAGUGCGAUUAUCUACAAGCAACAAUAUGGCCAGAGUUUGAAUACGCCAAUGGCUGUCGUAGUGCAGGAAAUGGCAAGAGCCGAAAGUGCAGGCGUUAUGCUCACUUGUGAUCCCGUUUCGUGCCACCCCGACCGAAUUGUAAUUACUGGUAAUUUCGGACUCGGUGAAUCUGUUGUAUCUGCUGCAAUAGAACCUGACACGUACACUCUAAAGUAUGCACCACUUGUCGGCGCAACGAAUGGGCAAUACCCUUCAGUCGAAUUGCUCGACAAAGUGUGUGGAAAGAAGGACAGGAUGAUCGUUGAAUCCAACAACGGCAAAGGAGUUGCAGAAAUGACUGUAUCCUCAGAUAAAAUGCAGACGUACUGUCUGACAGAUGAACAAACGAUUCGUCUUGCCGCUAUUGGAGUAAAGUUAACAGAGUUGACUGACACCCCGCGAGAUAUCGAAUGGGCUAUCGUAAAUGGAGACGUAGUUCUUCUACAGUCGAGGCCAGUGACCUCAGUCUUUCGUGAAAGCGACUUUGAAAUACAACACGACUUAAAUAGUUUCGUUUGUACAAAUCAGGAAAUUUUCGCCCGAGGAAAUCUCGACGAGAUAUCACCGGGGGUGAUGUCGCCAAUGUGCAUUGUAAUUUUGAACCAUAUUUAUCUUGACGUCUUCGGAAAAAUAUGGGCGAACGAUCUAUUUCCUGGUCUACUAGAACCAACACCGUACGCACAAUGCAUAUGCAGCAAUAUUGGAAAAAGAAAUUUCAUAAAUUUCUCUCAUAACCCGUUAGGGCGAACCGAAUCCGGCCAAGAAACCUUGCAAUACACAUUGUACGGAUUUGACCUCAACAAAGAUGAAGAAAUGAAAAAGGGAAUAUUCUAUGAAAAGAACUUUUCCAAAAAUGACAUGUUAAAAAUGGGCACCUUUUUACUGAAGACGCUGUGUAACAUCAAAGCUGUAGUACGUAGAGCGGAGAAUUAUUCAGAGCAUGCAAAGAUUGAAGUCUCGCAGCAUAAUGAUUCUCUUUCGAUCCUGCUCAGUACAGUGCGACAACUUUUCCAUGUCAAGGAUAGCAUGGAAUUACUUAAUUUAUGCGUUCUUCCAUCGACUAUGUUGAAUACGCUAAUCCUAAACAUCAUUAAAAAGAGCCAGGGCGAAAAGGAAGCAAGUGCUGAAUCAAUGGUACUUUUAUCGAAACUACUGCGCUCAAACUAUGAAGUCGAAAGCGCCGAAAUUCCGAAAGAACUUAUGAAACUCGCAUCAGAUAUCCGCAAUGAACCAAGGGCAGCAGGAUUUAUGGACAUGACACCAGACGAUGCUGUCAAGUUUCUAACUACAGAUGACUGUGAAGUGGCUAAAAAAUUUAGAACGUUUCAAGCUAGACAUGGCCAUCGAUGUUACAAGGAACUGGACGUUUUAUCUAAGACUUGGGAUAUCGAUCCAACACCUUUAAUAUACACACUUCAAGCUAAUGUUCGUGCCGGUGCAAUCAAAAAUACGGAAAGAGAAUCUUUUACAGUGGAUGACCUCGAACGACAGCCGACGUUCGUACAAAGAAAAAUGCUCCACUAUCUAAUACCCCGAGCCCAGUAUGCUAUAUAUGCUCGUGAGGUUGGGAAAUCGUGCCUUGUCAAGUGCAUACAUCAAAUCAGAUUGGCGUUACGACGAUUGGGGCAACAACUCCAAGCUGAAGGCAGAAUUCCCGAUGCCCAGCUUGUCUUCUUUCUUACCGUAGACGAAGCUUAUCGCUUAAUCACAACGCGCAAUCCGAGUCUUUUGUCACGAACGAUACGGCGUAGAAGGCUCCACGAACAGCUCGAUAAACUGAAAGUGAAGGUGAUCAGUAGCGGUAUACCGAAACCAAUAGGAUUGGAUGUAGUAUCGAUACCAAAAGGGGCGACUAGUCUGCCGGGGAUGCCUGUUAGCGAAGGAGUCGUAGUUGGUGUAGCCCGAAUCGUGACUCAUUUUCAGACUGAAGCGCAUCUUAUAUGCAAAGGCGAUAUUCUCGUCACAAGAGCUACUGACACAGGGUGGACACCAUAUUUUCCGUUGUUGGCUGGAGUAGUAACUGAGAUCGGAGGCACGCUGUCCCACGGGGCGGUAGUUGCUCGGGAGUACGGCUUACCCGCCGUUGCUGGUGUUCUGGGGGCUACUGAAUUUUUCCAGUCGGGUGAAAUCAUUACUCUGGAUGGUAUUAAAGGACUUGUAGCAAAGGGACACUCCAGUGUCAAUAGUCCAUCAGGCGGGGUCUAAAGAGUAUAAUGACAGCCUUUUUCAAAUGACAAUUAUACGCUGCCUAAUCCCUUAUCCAGAAAUUCGUUUUGAAGAAGUGGUAAGAACAUUGCGUAAACACGCAAUAAUCAGCUCCCAUUCGAACAUAAUAAUAGCAUCCAUAUGCAAGAUAUAUUUCCCAUUCGAAUAAUAAGAUGACUUGGGAUACUAUACUAGUUCAUAGUAUAUUAUACCAUAGUAAAUAGAGUGGCCAAAGUUCUGCAGGUUUGUGGGAUCGAAUACCACCUAUACAAAGAGUGAAGCGUGUUUUAUCUAUGGGACCGAUCACAACACCAUCCAACGUAAAUGCUUUUACCGAUAGUGAACUAAUAAACGGUGAAA